GAAGAAGGGGUCUUUCAGUCUGUCUCUUUCUCUCUCUAGAAGAAGGCUUGAAGAUACAAAAUUUUCUGUGUAUAAACUACGGAAAGUUUUGACAUCUGCCAUUUGAAUCCUUCUUUGGCCGGCGCUAACGGAAGGAAUUUCUUCUGCCUGCCAAUCCACUGACGCGUGAUGCUUGAAGUUGACCAGUCUUGAUCCGAGUCUUCUUCGCCGUCUCAUGGGUCAUUGUUGCAGUAAAGACGUUGCCGUUUCCGUCGUUAAGGACGCCAGCACCGCCGUUGAGGACGGCAGAUCUACCGCCGAUCAGCAAGACAAGCCAAACCUUCCGCCGCCAUCUCCUCUCCGUAAUGGAUCUGUUGAAGCGAAGACCAGUAACCGAACAUCAGCUAACUCAUUCUCUUGUAGCCCAUGGCAAAGCCCUUAUCCGGCCGGUGUGGCUCCAUCCCCAUCCCCAGCGAGGACGCCCAGAAGGAUGUUCAAGUGGCCAUUUCCCCCGCCAUCUCCUGCAAAACCGAUCAUGUCGGCGAUUAUGAAGAGGCAAGGACAGGCGAAGCCGAAGGAAGGACCGAUUCCUGAAAAUGAAGGUGAAGAGAGGGAAUCUCAGCUUGAUAAGAAUUUUGGAUAUCCGAAGAAUUUUGCGGCGAAAUAUGAAUUGGGGAAGGAGGUGGGUCGGGGACAUUUUGGUCAUACUUGUUGGGCUAAGGGAAAGAAAGGAGACAUGAAAAACCAAUCUGUGGCGGUGAAGAUCAUUUCCAAAGCUAAGAUGACUACAGCAAUAUCAAUUGAGGAUGUUCGUCGGGAGGUGAAGAUACUUAAAGCCUUAUCUGGACAUAAGCAUCUUAUAAAAUUUUAUGAUGCAUUUGAGGAUGCUCAUAAUGUGUACAUAGUAAUGGAAUUGUGUGAAGGUGGAGAACUCUUAGAUAGAAUUUUGUCAAGAGGAGGAAGAUAUACUGAGGAAGAUGCUAAAUCUAUUGUUGUUCAAAUACUAAGUGCAGUUGCCUUUUGUCAUCUUCAAGGUGUUGUACACCGUGAUCUGAAACCUGAGAAUUUCCUUUUUACCACAAGAGAAGAAGAUGCUCCUAUGAAGGUUAUAGAUUUUGGUCUGUCAGAUUUUAUCAGGCCAGAUCAACGCCUUAAUGAUAUUGUCGGAAGUGCAUAUUAUGUAUCCCCUGAAGUACUGCAUAGAUCAUACAAUGUUGAAGCAGAUCUGUGGAGCAUUGGAGUCAUAACAUAUAUAUUAUUAUGUGGAAGCAGACCAUUCUGGGCACGGACUGAAUCUGGAAUAUUUCGCUCUGUACUAAGAGCUGAACCUAAUUUUGAUGAUUCACCUUGGCCUUCUGCGUCAGCAGAAGCAAAAGAUUUUGUGAAGAGGAUUUUAAAUAAGGAUCACAGGAAAAGAAUGUCAGCUUCCCAAGCACUAGCACAUCCUUGGCUACAAGAUGAAAACCGCCCUGUCAUUCUGGAUAUUUUGAUUUACAAGCAAGUCAAGUCAUACAUUAGGUCCUCCCCUUUAAAGCGUGCAGCCCUCAAGGCUCUCUCAAAAGCUUUGACAUCAGUGGAACUCUUUUACCUUAGGGGUCAGUUUACGCUUUUGGAACCAAAAGAUGGGUUUAUUUCCCUUGAAAAUUUUAAGAAGAGUCUUAUGAAGAAUUUAACUGAUGCCAUGAUUAAUUCAAGGGUUCCUGAUAUUCUAAAUGUGAUGGAGCCCCUAUCUCAAAAGAAGAUGGAUUUUGAAGAGUUUUGUGCUGCUUCAAUCAGCGUGUAUCAGCUUGAGGCUCUUGAAGGAUGGGAGAAUAUGGCAAUUAGUGCUUUUGAGUAUUUUGAUGAAGAAGGAAAUCGAGUAAUUUCAGUUGGGGAACUAGCACAGGAAAUGAGUUUGGGGCCAACAGCUUACAGUAUUAUAAAAGACUGGAUUAGAAGAUCUGACGGAAAGCUUAGUUUGCUAGGUUACACCAAGUUCUUACAUGGGGUGACUAUUCGCAGCAGUUCUGCUACCAGACGUCAAUAGUAGCCGGGGCUGGACUGGACUGGACUUGUCAUAUAAAUAGAGAGGUACUUUAAUUUGUUUGUUUUAUACUAAAUUAAUUAAAAUACUCCCUUGUUUUAUUAGCCUUGUGCUUGUUAUAGAAUAUUAUAGACACAGACAGUGUAUUUUGUUUUGUUUGAUUGUCCAGAUUCUUGAUGUAUUCUCAUGCAUAACUAUUUAUUGCCAUCACAAACCUGUCCCUCCUACUUUGUAGGUAGAUGAAAAAUAUUGAUGCCCAACAAUUUUAGUUUGUUUGUUUGUUUGGAAUU